CGCUUUCGAGUCAGUCGGUUCGAGACUACGGAAGAGAGAGGAUCGUUUGUCUUGUUCCUUAUAAUAAAAUAUUUUUCGUUUUAGAGAAUCAAGCUUUCUCAAAUUUCGAAUAAUAAUUAAAAAAAAACAAAAAGUGAAUAUUAAUUUAUUAUCAUUGGAUUAUUCAACAAACUCCAUCAGGAGAAAGGAUUAACGUUAUACAGUGUUUCUGUGGAUUUUACCGCAGAUAAAAAUAUCGCGCGUGACAAGAGUGUAGUGUGCGUGUUUGGAAAAAAAAAAAGUCGAUGUGUUUUUAUAUUUUAUAGAAAAAAUUCUAGUAUUAUAAUUAAUAAGACCGUGUAUAAGUGUUGGUCUUUUUUUUUUUGGUUUUUGUGGAGGAAAUAUAUUUUGUUUUUUUUUUUUUUUUUAUAAAAGAGUGUAUCUCUUUUUAGAAUCAUUGUUCGAGAAAGAAGAGCGUCUCUCGUUCUCUCACUCGCACCUUGUGCUUCCACGCUCCGUCGGUCUUUUUCCGAGUCGCCCUUGCGCUAAGGUCUCUUCCUACCUUAUCGACGGUCACCGCACGGUUCGUUGGCGUUGUUUCGUUUUUCUCUCAUUGCGUGACAAGAGCGGCAAAACCACACGAGAGAAAAUACACAGGAGAUACAAAUUUAAAAGAAGCAGCUAAUAUUAAAAAAUAGCGAUUGGAUGGCGUAUCAUAAUUUCAAGGGAAAUAUUACAAUUUCCUAUCAGAAAUUAUUGAUAAACAAACAUCUCUCUUAGCGCUGUGUUUCUUCGCGUGUGUGUGUGUGUGUUUUUUUUUUUUUGUUUCUGGUGAUUAGUGACCUAAUAGUGUUAGCGCGAUGAGGGUAUUUUUUGCAAAUCGCGUGGUGCACUGAUGCAACUUUGGAUAUAAAAAAAAAGAAAUAAAACGUGGCAAGGAAAGUUCAGAGAAAAUAAAGGACCGUAGUGUUUUCUGCGGACAUAAACAAGGAAAAUGUAUCCAAGCGCUGGAAUAAAUGCCGCCGCUGUGGCAGCGGCUGCAGCUGCUAGACAUCCGGUCCCUCCACAGCAUGGACAACCGUUUAAAUUUUCAGUAACUGAGUCCUGUGAUCAAAUAAAGCAAGAAUUCAAUUUUCUUCAAACCCAAUAUCACAAUUUAAAAUUGGAGCUUGAAAAGCUUGUUCAAGAAAAAACGGAUCUACAACGCCACUAUGUUAUGUAUUACGAGAUGGCGUACGGUCUCAAUGUGGAAAUGCACAAACACACUGAAAUUGCGAAGAGAUUGAACGCUAUCAUUGCACAGAUUUUGCCUUAUCUCUCGCAAGAGCAUCAACAACAAGUGGCCACUGCUGUAGAAAGAGCAAAACAAGUCACGGUGUCUGAACUCAAUGCCAUUAUCGGGCAACAAAGGCCGGAAGUGCCGAGAAUAUUCGCUCAACAGAUGCCACCAACAGCUGCAAUUGGUCCACAUCCAGGACUGGCAGGUCUUCCUGGCCUUGGUCCUGGAAUUCCAGUUCCAACUUCUGCCUCGGCAGCACUCCUUGGCCUAGGCAUUCCCGGUGGGGCAAAUCCCGGUGGAAAUUCCGCCCAUCCUUUAUCAAUAAUGCCAAAACCAGAUCUACAUCGAGGACAAAACGAGGACAUCAAGCCUAAUGGAGGUUUGAAUCCAGCAGAGGAGAGGCAUAGAAACUCAAUAUCGCCGGUAGAUCGUGAAAAGUACAGCAGACCAAGAAGUACACCAGAUUCCCAGCAUCAUGACCACAUUACGUUAAAAAAGAUGAAGAAAGAACAGGACAAGGACACUGGCCACCAAAGUGAUGGUGAAAAGAGUGAUCAAGACUUGGUUGUUGAUGACGCAAGCGAAGAACCAAACAGUCCUGCCGCUAAUGGAACAUCAUCGCCGAGGGAAAAUGGUCUCGAUAAACAUGGUCCCUCGAAUGUUCCCAUGAACAAUCAAGUUAAAAAAGAAGUUCCACCACCAUCGCCACGAAGUGGUACCAGCAGUAAUGCAAGUACACCAUCAGCAAAAAAAAUGGAGGAACGAGAAAAACCAUCGACACCAAUUUCAAAACCAGUCACACCAACAUCCGCAGAUAUGUUUUCAGGUGGAAGUAGUUCCGGUUCAGGUGGUAUGAAACCAUCGAGUUCGAGUAAACCAAUGGUGCCGGCAUCGCCAGUGGGUCCUUAUCCGUCGCAUUAUCCACCACAACAUCAUCCACCCACAGGACCGCAUGUAGAUAUGCUGGGUUAUCCGGCGGGAGCUCUCAAUGGAUUCCCGGCAAGGCCACCGCUUCAGCAACUCUAUGAUCCUCAUGGAGGAAUGAGAGCACCCCUCGGUCCACUUGGAGUGCCCGGUGGUAAACCAGCCUACAGCUUCCAUGUUUCAAGUGAAGGUCAAAUGCAACCCGUGCCUUUCCCACCUGAUGCGUUAAUCGGCGCCGGCAUUCCACGGCACGCUCGUCAGAUCAACACCUUGACCCAUGGCGAGGUUGUUUGUGCAGUGACAAUUUCAAAUCCAACAAAAUACGUUUACACUGGUGGUAAGGGAUGCGUGAAAGUCUGGGACAUUAGUCAAGGUGGAAGCAGUAGUGCAAAACCAGUAUCACAAUUGGAUUGUCUACAACGUGACAAUUAUAUUAGAUCGGUGAAACUUUUGCCCGAUGGCAGAACACUUAUUGUUGGUGGUGAGGCGAGUAAUCUUAGUAUUUGGGAUUUGGCGAGUCCCACGCCACGAAUAAAAGCCGAAUUAACAUCAUCAGCGCCAGCGUGUUAUGCCCUGGCAAUAUCGCCUGACUCAAAGGUAUGCUUCAGUUGUUGUAGCGAUGGUAACAUUGCCGUUUGGGAUCUUCAGAAUCAAACUCUUGUCAGACAAUUUCAAGGCCAUACGGACGGUGCAUCGUGCAUCGAUAUAUCGGCGUGUGGCUCAAAAUUGUGGACAGGCGGUUUAGAUAAUACUGUUAGAUCAUGGGAUCUUCGUGAGGGUAGACAAUUGCAGCAGCAUGAUUUUACCUCACAAAUAUUCUCACUUGGCUAUUGUCCAUCUGGUGAAUGGCUCGCGGUGGGAAUGGAAAAUUCAAAUGUUGAAGUACUUCACGCCACGAAACCUGACAAAUAUCAAUUACAUUUGCACGAGUCUUGUGUUUUGUCAUUGCGCUUUGCUUCCUGUGGCAAAUGGUUCGUGUCCACCGGAAAGGAUAAUCUACUUAACGCCUGGCGUACACCUUAUGGGGCUUCGAUAUUCCAGUCGAAAGAGUCAUCGUCAGUACUGAGCUGUGACAUCUCGACAGACGACAAAUACAUUGUGACUGGAUCUGGUGACAAGAAGGCAACAGUCUACGAAGUGAUAUACUAAUCUUGAGCGACUUGUUAAUAUCAUUAUUAUUUUGAAGUCUAAGCUUGUUAUAAGAUAUUUAUGGAAUUAGAAUGCGUCGUGUCAUAUACAAAAAAAAAAAAAAAAUUGAUUAUAAAUGACAAAAAAAAAAAAAAAAACGAUGAAAGAACGUGAAAUUUAAUUCUGUGACGAAAAUGAGAUUCCACAGUAUCUGUUUCUAUAUUUGAAAACUUAAUUUCAAAUUAAUUAAUUUUUUUUUUUUGCGAGACUUUCUCGUAUUUUUUUUUCCUUCUUUUUUUUUUACUGCAAGCUUCAAUUUAUUUUUUAUUCUGUCAGACGCUGACGGAAUCACAGGAUCAAACCCGAAUUACGGACUGAAUUCUCAAUUAAGAGAAUGAAUUUAGAAAAGCAGAGAAUUUAACAAUUGAAGUUAUAUUGAGAAAAAAAAUUUCUAUAUAUAAUAUAAAUAUAUAUAUGGACAAAAGUGUAAGUAGGUGUAUAAGUUUGUAUAGAAAAAAAAAAACCCUUAAAUAUAAGUAGAGAGCUGAAAGCGUUAGAGAGAAAAGUGAGAGAAAGAAAUUAUGUAUGAAUUUUCUUGUAACAUAGAAUUUUAUUAUCUUUUAUGUAUGACUGCAAUGCAACUAUAUAUUAUGACUCCGCGUCACAAUGAAAGGGAUAUUAUAUACAUAAUAUAAAUUUUAAUGUUCCCACGUAAACAAAAGAAAAAAAAAAAAAAAAAAAAAAUUGAAAAGGAAAAAAAUUCGAUUUUUGAAAAUGUGUAACAGAAAAUAUGAACGAAAAGUGUUCACACUGCUAAAUUAUUUGUAAAAGUAGAACGAUUAAUGCGGAAAAUUAGCAGCGAGUCAUUUUAAUGCGUUUUUACGCGAUUUCUUAUACUGUAUGCAGGUGAUGAUGCGUUCACACAAGAAAAAAAAAAAUGAAAUAAAGAGCGUUCGACGAUUUAUCAAUUAUAUAUAAAUAUAUAUGUAUUUUAUUUAUUAUUAUAUAUAUAUUUAUAUGUAUUUCGCUGACUGACGUCGUUUGUGGUAUAGUGCUCGAUUAAAAUUAUAAAGCGUAACGGUGCACUUACAGAGAGGCAAAAGCUCUUUGCGAGAUAUUUAACGAGAUAUUUUUGUGACUAUCGGUAAUAAUCUUGCGCUUACAUUGGUGGAUAAAGAAUCGAUUUUGUCGACUACCCCGAAUUUAUAUCGACUUUAUAGUGAUUUUAGUCCGCUGUGCUAAGUAAGGAGCUUGAUAGAAAAUCCACUCGUAAUUUCUCAGUAUAAGCUGGAGGGCCUCUUUCAUAGGGUAUUAGAUAACGUGUUAUUAUUCAAAGCCAGCUAUGAGAGAACAGAUACAGACAAGGAUAUUUAUAUUUUGUUACAGGAUACACACAAACAUACAAUGUCAUUGGCUGUGGUUAUUGCAAAUUCGAUUCUUUUUUUUUUUAUGGAAAAAUUAAGAACAUUGAAAAUUUUGAGCGAUAAAGAAAAAUAAUCGACUUUGAAUUUAUCACAGCUUCGAUAAUAGACCAAUAGAAACAACGAUACCUCAAAAAAAAAAAAAAAAAAAAACUUCAAUAGUUAGUUUAUCACUAACAAAUAAUAAACUGUACAAAGCAUUAUUCUUUUACAGUAAAAACAAAACAAAAAAAUUAUAUAAUUGGAUCAUUGUUUUGAUUUUACAUUAUAUAUAUAUAAUAUAAUAUUGCCUCUGCAUCAUUGGACUGUAUCUCCGAGCUCGCCUUUUACAUACCCUUUUAAUUUCGCAUGAGUCGAAGGAAAAAAAAAAAAAUAUAUGUUACGUUUUAAUUUUUAAAAAAAGAAAAAAAAAGUAUCAUUUCCAAGCGCAGUUCAUGUUGUUCCUAGCUAUACAAAAAAAAAAUUGUUUCUUUUGGCAAUUAAAUCAUCUAUACAUAUAUAUGUGUAUAUAUAUACAUAUAUAUAUUUACAAUUCAUAAUAAAAUCUUGAUAUUUAUUUCAA